GGCACACCAUACUGGAUGGCACCAGAGGUUGCAGCAGUGGAGAGGAAGGGUGGCUAUAAUCAACUUUGUGAUAUUUGGGCUGUUGGAAUUACUGCCAUUGAGUUAGCCGAACUCCAACCACCUAUGUUUGACCUUCAUCCAAUGCGUGCCCUUUUUCUUAUGUCUAAGAGUGGCUUCAAGCCCCCAACGUUAAAAGACAAGGCAAAGUGGACGCAAAAUUUUCAUCAUUUUGUUAAACUGAGUCUAACAAAGAACCCCAAGAGACGUCCAACUGCUGACAAAUUACUCCUUCACCCCUUUGUGGCGGCUGACCUUCCCAAGUGGCUGGCUGUUGAAUUGUUACAGAAAGCUCACAACCCACAGCAUUCAUUCCCUCCUGAAUUAGAGAUUGAUGAGGAAGGGGCAGUCACAAAUGUUCCUCAGAGAAUAACCUCAAGAACUCCUGCACGACCUAAGCAGAGAACUAAGUCAGAACUGCACAUGGAAUCUGUCAACUUUGGUGCUCCACUAGUCACAGAAUUAAAUGCAGAGCCACCUCCAGCCAGGUACCAGGGGGCAGGGCAACCAUGGGACCCAGCCAUGGAGGAGGGAGAAAUAUCACUUGACAACCAUGACGUUGCAUCCAUGUUGAUGGAGAGUGAUCCUGAUAAUGACGUAAAAACCAAUCUGACCUGGACCCAGUCACUCCCUGGAGCACGGAGGGGCAGAGUGGGGCACAGGGACCCAACGGCUAACGGCCCCAGUGAGAAUGGUGGCUAUUUGAGACUAGAUAUGGACAGCAGCGAUAGAGACUAUGCAAAUUUACCUCCCCUUGAUCUCUCUUAUCACUCUGACCUAAGUUACUAUGACCCCCCCAAUGCCAUGAGCGCCUCCUAUGGUUCCAACCAGCAACCACGGAGGGCUGGGAGGAGCUUUGAGAUGGGCGAUGGGGGCAUCCAAGAUUCGUUCACACAUGACUACUACUUAAAUAAUCACUACAGUCAACGAGAGAUAGACAAUAAGCACUCAUACCUUGAGGGUAGUAAUGGUUACUCAGUUCCCGACAGUGAUAACAACGAUUACAUGACAACCUCAUUCAUUUUGAAGGAGGAAGAGGUUCCCUACCAUGACCCAACCUGUACAGUUGCUGACUGUCAGAGACCUAGUUGUCUGAUCCCAGACUAUUGUGAUGACACGACCAUACCAUACCGUUCCCUAGCCCCAAAAGACCAGUCCGACCAAGGGACCGAACGCCCCACUCGGUCCCGAUCCCAUUCGCGACACCAUAAAAGACACCGGCACCGUUCGAAGAGUGACAUGGGCUCCUUGAAUGGCCCUCAACAAGCCCCCCCCUCCUUCCGGGAUGCCCAGGAAGGUCCUCCCGCGAGUGAGGCGAUGUCCGACACUCUCAGAAGGGAGAAACGGCCCCUCUCUGGCUCAGAUGUGCUGCGAAUGUCUCCAAGGAGCCUAUUGCAGUAUAUUGAUGAAGAGUUGCGAAUGAGAGCAACCCUGCCGGUGGGUAUGGAUGAUACCUCCCUAACUGAAGCUAGUCAGGCCCUCGACAAGGCCAAUCAUAACAGCAGGUACAGCCAGUCAUCAUCACCGGGACGGGAACGAGGGCAUGCAAGAAGACAUUCCAGUGCUGAUGCCCACCAGGAAGAGGGGGAAGAGCUCACAGACCAGACUGCCACUCUUACCCUGACAUCGGCGACAGCACGCCAGAGAGCUCAGAGCGACAGCCAGCAUGACCGCAGACGUGAUGGUUCAAAAGAGAAUGGGCAAGCAGGGAGUGGGGGAGAGGAGGAUGGAAGUGGCACACCCCCUGUUCCACCUCGGAGAAAAGACAAACGGAGACACAACACACCUCCGAGACCUCAGUCGAACGGCCUGCCACCCACCCCAAAAGUCCAUAUGGGAGCUUGCUUUUCAAAGGUGUUUAAUGGUUGCCCACUACAUAUCCACUGUACUGCCUCAUGGAUACACCCAGACACUCGAGACCAGCACAUACUGAUUGGAGCAGAGGAAGGGAUUUACACAUUAAAUCUCAAUGAGCUACAUGAAGCAGCCAUGGAACAGCUGUUGCCUACCAGAACCACUUGGAUGUUUGUCAUAAAAGAUGUGCUGAUGUCCAUAUCAGGAAAAGGUCCCUAUCUCUAUCGGCAUGAGUUGAUUGGUCUUCACAAUCGACAUUUGCACAAGUUCUCACUUCCCAUGAAUAAAAUCCCAGAAAAGUUCUUGCCAAGAAAAUAUGCAAUCACGACUAAGGUUCCGGAUACAAAAGGGACUUUGCGAUGCUGUGUAGGCCGUAAUCCCUACAAUGGCUACAAGUACCUGUGUGGCGCAACCAGCUCCUCUCUGUACCUGAUGCAGUGGUAUGACCCUCUUAACAAGUUUAUGCUGCUCAAGCAAAGUGAGUGCUACCUGCCUCAUCCUCUAAGAGUAUUUGAGAUGGUGAUCACGCCGGACCUAGAGUAUCCCCUCAUGUGUGUUGACGUCAACCGCAGCUACGGCUCGGAGGACAUCUUACGGCACAACCUCAUAAACCUCAAUACUGGCACAACUUGGACCCCUGAAGAUGAUGAGGACAUGGAUGGAAUGGCUACCGUGGUCCCCCGGCAUAAUUUAAAUGUAAAAAAUGUCACGCAAAUUGAGAAGGAUGCCAUUCUAGUCUGCUUCGAAAAUGUUGUGAGAGUAGUUAAUUUACAAGGGAAGAUUAAGGAAAGAAAAAAACAGACAUCGGAACUUAAGUUUGAUUUCAAUAUUGAUUCCAUAGUGUGUUUAACGGACAGUGUGUUAGCAUUUCAUGAGCAUGGGAUGCAGGGUCGAAGUUUCAAGAAUGGGGAAAUCACACAAGAGAUUAUUGACAACUCUCGACUCUUCAGGUUACUUGGCUCUGACCGAAUUAUCACACUGGAGAGCCGACCAUCAUCAAUGUUGGAGCCAAGUAGCGCAGCCUCAGGGGAGAACCAGGGUGUCAACUUGUACAUUCUUGCUGGACAUGAAUCUAGCAUGUACUGAGCUGUCCUCUGAUGGCUGCUGCAACAGUAAGAGCAGGAUACGAGAGCAACAAGGGGUGCAAAUGGCUUGAGUGAGCAUGGCUUAGUGUCUAAAGAAAUAAGAAUGUGCUGGGACUAGUGUUUAGGGUACCAGAAAGGGAAACCCUGCAAUCUCUUUAGAGUCCAGAUCUUGGUGUAGAGAUGCGUGUGUGAUAUACCAAGGUACCAGGUACUAUUUUCCUUAAAAAGACAAAAGAAGAGAGUUGUCUUAAAGAAAAAAAACAGUGAAGGAAUUCAAUGGUUUAGACAAUAAAAGAGUGCUUUUAAUUGGUUUAAGUCUGCCCGGAUACCUGGACUUUUGUGUAUUUUAAUUAAAUUUUGCCUCGAUUAUGACUUCCUGGAUUGCUCAGAGUGAGAAAUGGAAAUUCCUUUUUGACAGGAUUUAUAGCUACCAAAGAGGUGAGUGACUUCUAAAACACAGAAGAAAAAGAUAAAUGUACCAAUAAAUACAAAAAGGUUUUAUGUUAUA